CCCGUCGUCGGCGGCGCGGGCGGCGCGCCGAGCUUGCGGCCGGCGGGCUUUUUCGGGGCGGCGGGUGCGCUUGCGGCGGGCGCGCUUGCAGCCGACGCCUUGCUCUUCGAUUUCUUUUUCUUCGAUUUCUUCUUUUUCUUAGGCGUCGUCGAAUUGACCACGGGCUCGGGCUCGACGCCGCCGCGGAGGCCUGCUGCAGCAGCGAGGCUGCGUGCGCGCAGAGGCGUGCACUUGGCUAGUGCCUCAGCGAACAAGCAUGCCAGCACGAGGGCCCACGUCGCUUGCCUCAUAUUUGUGCCCGCGUGCAAACGCAGGCGAGGACUGCUUGCUUUUGGGUAA